UUUGGGCACCGAUUAAUCGCUCUCAACAUUGCACUUCUCGCUCCCCUCUCUCUCCUCUCUGCCCAGUGUCUGCUUUCUUCACUUGCUGAGCGAGUUCUCCAUUGAAGCGCACGCAACAUCGCACGCGACAUUCGCCACUAAAGCGCACUCAUCAGUGCACUUGACGUUCUCCAUUGACGUGCACUCAACAUCGUACGACGUUCUCUAUCGAAUACUUGUAUCCCCCAUUGAAGCAGUUUCUGAGUUGCGCCAAUGUCAUUAAGAAGGAAACUUCAGAGCAAUGCUGUUGUACACAUUUGGGCAUUGUUAGCUUCUGGUUUUUUCGCCGGAGCUGCUUAUUUUCUACACAAAGUUCGUAAACAUCGGAUUGCGCAGGGCGGUUCGGACAUUCUACGAGAUGUCUUGUUGUAUGCGCUGCUUGUCGUGCUUUCAGGAGUACACAUUGUUGUGUUGCACUUUCCACUUAGGCUUAGGAGGUCUCGGAUCGCUCGGAUGACUCCAAGUCCCUUUUAUAUGGGGUUAGGCUGCACGGUUACAGCUCUGGUACCUCUGGCAUGCACCAUUGACGGUAGCUUAUCCGACGAGUUGAUGAUCCGUGAUUCACUUUGGUUUACUAUGUUUUUUACGGUGGACUUUUUUUGCCUUCAGAUGGUCGUUCUUCCGGCUUUCGAGUAUAUGUUUGUUCACACGUCACUCUCGCUACUGCAGACGGUUGUGUUGAGCGUCACUCGACAAGAGGAGUUGCGACCUCUUUGGCUUUCGGUCACUGCAUUUGGUUGCUUAUGUUUUUUGGACCUGCAUCAUUGGCUGACGACACCUGCUCCUGUUCGUGAUGGCCAGACGGUUAUCAUUGACCUUAGACUCGGACCGCAGUUACCUAAUCUACCACCAUCCGACGCUAGACAGCCGCCUCCCUCAUCUACCUUGAUAGAGGAGUGUCAUCAGUUCGUGUUAGAGCACUAUCACUCUAUUGCCUUGAGAUUAAUGUAUGUGAUUAUGCUUGUAUUAGCAGUUCAUUUGUUUGUUUUGUCUAGGUGGGAGCAUUAGUACUAUUGGUUAUGAUAUGGAUUGAUUUAGUGUCUUGUAAUUUCUUUUACAAUGUUUUUUGCAUGGAGAGUUUUUCAUGAAAGUUUACAUAUAUGUAUAUAAUUUGUUUUUAAUGGUUAAAUAUUUGCUAUAAUUUACUAGUGGAUUGUUUUUUGUCCGUAAGUUGUAACA